AGAAUGAUAAUGAUGAAUUAAAUUGAGCACAUCAAUUAUUGUGCAAUCUCACAUUCAUUCCCACAUCACAUAACCAACUAGUAACAGAAAAAUGGUGUCAAUGUUGAAAUCACAUUCACAUCUAAGAAUACGAAAAAGAAGCCAUCACUAACACUCUCUAAUGGCUUCUUCCAAUCUCACCAAUCUCACAAUUCCAUCUUCUUCUACUUCUACUUCUCGUUCCCCCAACGAUCCCAGCCCACAAAUCAUCUACAGUAGGUCACACUCCUUCGUCGGCCCUUCCCCUCGCUACCCUCCUCCCUCCGAUAACAACUCUCUCUUCUUCCUCGACGAACUCGCCUCCAACAGCGACGAAGAAGAACAAGAAUACCAAAUCGAACAACAACGCAAAUUCGGACCCUCCGAUUUCCAAAUUCUCAAAGUUAUAGGACAAGGUGCCUUUGGCAAAGUGUUCAUGGUAAGAAGAAAAGGUACAAAUGAAGAAGAUUCUUCCGAUAACGAUAACGGAAUAUUCGCCAUGAAAGUUAUGAGAAAAGACAACAUAAUUAAGAAAAAUCAUGUUGAUUAUAUGAAAGCUGAAAGAGAUAUUCUCACUAAAGUUCUUCAUCCUUUCAUUGUUCCUCUUCGCUACUCUUUCCAAACUAAAUCUAAAUUAUAUUUGAUUUUGGACUUUAUAAAUGGUGGCCAUCUUUUCUUUCAAUUAUGUCGACAGGGAAUUUUUAGUGAGGACGAGGCAAGGAUUUACACUGCUGAGAUUGUAUCUGCUGUUUCACAUCUUCACACCAAAGGCAUCGUGCAUCGAGAUCUUAAACCUGAAAACAUACUUAUGGAUUCUGAUGGCCAUGUGAUGUUAACGGAUUUUGGAAUGUCGAAAGAGAUUGACGAAUCUGAGAGAUCUAAUUCUUUGUGCGGGACUACAGAAUAUAUGGCACCGGAAAUUCUUCUAGGUAAAGGCCAUAACAAGGACGCAGAUUGGUGGAGUGUCGGUGUUCUCUUGUAUGAAAUGAUUACAGGAAAGGCACCAUUUACACAUACUAACAGGAAGAAGCUACAGGAGAAAAUUAUCAAAGAGAAAAUUAAACUUCCACCAUAUCUUACCGGUGAAGCUCAUUCUUUGCUCAAAGGAUUGCUGCAAAAGGAUCCGUCAACAAGGUUGGGCAGUGGGCCAAAUGGACAUGAACAGAUAAAAAACCAUAAAUGGUUUAGGACAAUCAAUUGGAACAAAUUGGAAGCAAGAGAAUUGCAACCCAAGUUUAAACCAGCUGAUGUGUCAGGAAAAGAUUGCACAGCUAAUUUUGAUCGAUGCUGGACAACGAUGCCUCUUGAGGAUUCACCAGCAUCAACUCCUACAGGAGGUGACCAUUUCCAGGGCUAUACUUAUGUGGCACCAAAUCCUUGGCUUUCUUCUAGGUAAAACUGAAAGCAUUCAAUCCAAAGGAAAAACGCUUACGUGGACUGAUAAAAAGAAUAACCCGAAGAAGGCAAGACUUACUGAUUUUAAUUUUAACUUCGUGUUCUUUGAACGUAACAACACAAAUCGUCUCUCACAAAGGUGCUGCCCUUUCUAAUUUCAAAGUUAUUUUUUAAAUGAGCAUUGUAAUAUGGGUAAUCUCACAGAUAAAUAUAUAUAGAUAGAUGAAUAGAGUUUCUAGUGGCUCUGAUGUUGCUUUCAUAUUUGUGCAGCUUGAUUUAGUUCUUUGUUUUGAACUAAUACAAUGUAAACAUGAUAUGAGUAACUUUGUUUAUACCAGAAUUAACAUAUUUGACUAGCUAUUGCCUGUGAGGGUACCUUAUUUGACUUAUUGUUUGUCAAAAGCAUUGUACUAUCAAA